GACCCUUAUGUCAUUCGGCUACCGUACAACCACUACCUUUGACCAUUAUGGUAUCUAUGCUUCACCGAAUCCAAGCAUCUGAACAGUUGAAUCGCAAUCACAGCCCACAACACAACAAGAUCCUCCUUACUUUAACCGUACAACCUUUCUUCCCGUUUUCCAUAUACCUUAGAAAUACUACAAACCCCAAAAGUUAUUAUACUUACUUUCAAUCAAAUACUCUACAAUGGCCGAUUCUCUUACUGAAGAGCAAGUCUCCGAGUUCAAGGAGGCCUUCUCCCUCUUUGACAAGAAUGGUGAUGGACAAAUCACUAGCAAGGAGUUGGGAACCGUCAUGCGAUCCCUUGGUCAAAACCCUUCCGAGUCCGAGUUGCAAGACAUGAUCAACGAGGUCGAUGCUGACAACAACGGUACCAUUGAUUUCCCAGAAUUUCUUACUAUGAUGGCAAGAAAGAUGAAGGAUACCGACUCUGAGGAGGAGAUUCGUGAAGCAUUCAAGGUCUUCGAUCGUGAUAACAACGGUUUCAUCUCCGCUGCUGAACUUCGUCAUGUCAUGACCUCCAUCGGAGAGAAGUUGACUGAUGACGAGGUUGAUGAGAUGAUUAGGGAAGCCGAUCAAGAUGGUGACGGAAGAAUCGACUACAACGAAUUUGUACAGCUUAUGAUGCAAAAGUAAUCGAGCUUGCUUUUUUUGCGUGGUCUUUUGCUGCUGGGAGGGAGAAUAGUCGGCGUACACAUCACGGGUCUUUUGGACAUCCAGAAUUCUUGUGGGCGUAGGACUGGACUGGUUGACAUUCACGUAGAGCGUUCCCGUUUUUAGUGACCUUCAUGAUCAAUGAUAACCCAUCAGACAUCUUAUUGUCUUGUUAAUACCCUUUACCA